AUGGCUGCCACGACCGAAACGCCUGCGACGGGUCUCGUCAAUCUAGAGAAGGAGCUCGUCUGCUUCAUCUGUACCGAGAUUCUUUACCAGCCUCGCACAUUGCUCGAUUGCCUACACACAUUCUGUGGCUCCUGCCUGAAAGAAUGGUUUUCCCACCAGCACCGAAAGGCUGCGCAUACCCGUCCGCCGCCAGCGAACCCAUAUACCUGUCCGACCUGCCGUGCUUCCGUCAAGGAUGUUCAGCGGAAUGCGACGAUCAACACAUUCCUGGAGAUGUUUCUCGCCGCAAACCCUGGCAAGGACAGGACUGCGGAUGAAAAGGCGGAGAUGGCGCAGGUGUACAAGCCUGGCGAUGAGAUUCUGCCAAAGGAAGAGGGCCAUCACAGGAGGGAGAGAAAGAGACGCGAAGAGGAGGCACGCGCCAUUGGUAGGGCCCCGACGGAGGGAGCCAGACGAGAGCAGCACUUGGAUCCGGCCUCGGCCCAUCGCAGACGGCACACUACCGAAAGCAGCAGAAGCCGUGAGAGAAGAGAGGCUCGGAAUAGGCAAAGAAAUGAGGAGCAGCAGACUUCAGAGUCAGAUGGUGCUUCUCGACGCACGCGAACGUCUUCGAGUUCCGCCGACCUCGCCUUGCUGUCUCCCCCACCUAGUUCACCCCGCCAUCCUGAUGCUGUUGAAGCGCGACAGAGGGGAGCUCGGACAGUUGCCCAUCAAGCGAGUCUGAUAUCCCUGGUCAGUGCUUCGGAGAAUGGAACCGGCACUGGGGAAAGUUUGAAUGAAGCACAGCUUAUGCAAGAGAUUCUGGACGCGGGCCUUCUAGAUGGCAUCAAUGUUGACGAAUUGACAGAACAAGAGCAAGAUGAGCUCAGCGAGAUCAUCGCCCAGAGGUACAGGGAACUGCAAGCCGAACGCAGCAGAAGAGCAGAGGCUGGUGAUGGUAACGGCAGUGCAGGCGCUCCCGCAAGACCUGCAGAGCCGCAGCCUGAGGAAGCCGAGCGUCGUUCUCGCCACUCUUCAAGGGGCAGCAAUCGAGAUGGUGCGCCUCCAAGUCCAAGGACGAGUCGCGGUAUUGUCAUUGGCGGUUCCGAAGGAAGGCCUCCAACAUCGUUUGUUCAGUCGACAGCUGAUCAGUCGUUGUCUCUACCUCAGCCCUCCGGACACCGGCGACGGACAUCCAAUGAGAGCAGGCGCAGUGAUUCGUCUGUCGCCAGGGCAGACCGUGAGUCUGUCCCUCAUCCUGCCGUCAGGUCUGCCACAGAUCUCUCCAAUAGGCCUCAAUCGCAUAGCAACGCCGCGAACCGCACACAGCAACAAUCACACGCACACAGAGCGAAUACAGAGCCAAGAACUCCACCAAGAGCUUCUGAGAUAUGGCAAGCCGCUGGUACCCGACAACCUUUGAGUCCUGCUCACGUCGACUCCCCUGGGCAACAGUCGCCAAGGAUAGAUUCUUCUCGACCGGUCAUGUCCAGCGUAACCACCGGACCAGUACCUACCGUGAUACCCACCUCAGACUCGCCAGAACUCACCGCAUCAAGUGUUGCCACCGUCUCGAGUAGGUCUGAAGAACCUAACGUUGUGUGCGCGCGAUGCUCCAGACAAAGCAUCCAAUAUGAGGUCUACAAGCAUUGUGACCCUUGUAAAGUGGAUCUCUGUCUCCGUUGCUACAGAUCUGGGCGCGGAUGCAACCACUGGUUUGGGUUUGGGGAUGCGGCCAUGCGCAAAUUCAAUGCAUCCCGUCCACCAAGCAGGCACAAUCAACCUGUUGAGCUUCCGCAUAUAAUGGUCGGACGACAGUAUCUGAGGCCUCCGACACAAAGCAGGAGGCAUGCCGCUUCAGAUCCCGCAUCUCGCCUACGAGAAGGCAAUUUCUGUGACCGAUGCUGGCGCUUCGCCAACGAUUACUUCUGGACUUGCGACGUCUGCAACGAGGGCGAAUGGGGAUUUUGCAACGACUGUGUGAACACUAACCACUGCUGUACCCAUCCUCUGCUGCCUGCCGCCCGUAUAUCAAACGAUCCAAAUGAGCUAGGCUUGCAGGUGGGCGGAGCAGCCCUGCGCCCCGGGAACGCCACCUUGAACACCUACAGUAGUGGAAGACGUGACCCGUCUCCGGCACAGAGCGUGGCCUCCAGCUGUACUUCGGUAACUGGACCUUACUCUGGCCUACGAGCUGAUUUCCGACCAUUGGUCAUCACCACGAACUGCGACGUCUGCUCUCGGUCAAUCUCGCCGGAGGAGACCCGAUUCCACUGUCCAACGCAUUCCACACCGUCACCAGACGACCCAAGUCUCAAAGGUGACUACGAUAUUUGUGGUAGUUGCUACGCUCACAAUGUGAGGAUAGGGCAGAUAAAUCGCGAAGAUGGGCCCGACGGUUGGCGCCUUUGUUCGGAAGGUCAUCGCAUGGUCAGCGUUGUGUUCGACCGAGAUGUCGAGGGCAAUCAAAGAAGAGUGAUCGUACGGGACAUUGUCGGCGGUGCCAAAAUGACGGACGACGACAUGGCGGCUUGGAAGCUUACGAUGAGCAACAUCCACCGAAUUGAUCCCUCGACGCUGUCAGCUGCUCGGGGUGAGUGGAGCUGGCGAGACGACGAAGCUGGUACUCGGCGCACGACUCGAGCUCGGACGGCCACUCUGCCUCAGUCGGGCGUGAAGUUUCCUCCCGACGGCGGCUCAGGCAAAGUCUGUCAGGCCCGGUGGAGUUAUUACCCUGUCGUCGACGAUGGCAAAGGCACAGACGAGCUUGCAUUUCCCAAGUACGCCGACGUCUGUGAAAUUGAGGAGAUCAAUGAUGAGUGGUGGCAUGGAGUCUAUGCUGGAGAUGCUGGACUCUUCCCAGCUAUCUUCGUGAGGGAUCAAGCCUAG